AUGUCAAGUCAACAUUUUAUUUUCAAUGUCCAGAUGGGCUGCGGCGGCUGCUCCAGCACCAUUAAGGAAGCCGUUCAAGCCCUAGACGGUGUGCAGAAUUACUUUAUUUCCCUAGAAGAGCAGACUGUUUCAGUGGUGGCCGAACCUUCUCUCUCCUACGAAACCGUGCUGGAGGCGAUGAAGGCGAAGGGCAAGAACGUGCGCAGCGGGGAGGUAAACGGAGUCUCUCGGGCUGUUUAA